AUGCAGCAAGAAGCGCGCAACACUGAAGGACGCAGCCUAUGGCGGACUGGUUCCUCACUACGCCACCAAACAGUCCGUUUUGUGAGCGCUCAGGACAUUGACCGGGAGAGUGAAACGCAACCCUCCCCAAGCACAAUCGAGAUAAGCGCACACGAAGAGAGUCUGGAAACACGGAAGACCCAGAAUUGUGAUCAAGCAACGGCUACGUCUCUGUCAGAACGCAAGCCGGAUACCGAGGACUCGCCCCUCUGUGUUGAGUUACUUGACGAAUUCGAAUCCACAGCGAUAUCAGAUUCAAUGAAACAUCUCUCCAAGAAGUCUCAAGACGAUUCGAGUGAAGAUGAGGUUGUGUUUCGUGGCAGGAGACACCAAUAUGGGGAAGGCAGAUCACGCCCGUCGGAUAUCCGUACGCAGAAAGUUAUUGCCGGUAGUCAGCAACCAAGAGCAUCCGAGCACAGCAAAUUGGAUUUUCUUUCCUCAAAUUCUGAGCCCAAAUCAUUGCCCGCUCCCAAGCCUCCACAGACAGAAACAUGCCCACAAGAAAUGGACGAUAGCCCAAAUUACUUCUCGCUUACCAGCGAUAAGCGGCGGCGCAAAAAAUGGAAAAGAGACGAUGAUGACAUACUCGCCGACUACAUAGAUAAUAUUGACACCGAGUACUUGAUACCGGGGAUACUGGGCAACUCUCCGCACUCUGUUGAAGCUCAAGAGCCAGACAAUGCCGACAAGGUGAUAUCAACGUCCGCUACGGGCCUGAACUCCGCAGCUGAGAAGAAACUGCAGCAAAGCGAGGCUUCCGCUCAACGCCAUAACCCGACACUGAGCGAUGAGCAAGAGUGCGGCGAAAAUGAGGUUUCCGAGUGUCACUGCAAUCAUUUGGACGAAGAAAUCAGUCAAGAGGUAUCCGUUAACCGAAUUUCUCAUACGGAUAGCGCCUCGACCUCUUCGUCAGACGGUUCGGACACAGAGGACAUAGAAGAAGACAAAUCUGAGGUAAGAGACCUAACCAUUCCACUUCUGCUAGACAUCCACCCCCCGAAAAUUGAACCAUCCCGAAAUAUCAUUACUGAAUUCAAGCAGGACCUGCACGCGGACGGUAACAGCUUCUUUGCGUCUGCGACGGCUUUUGCUGAUGCAUUGGAAUUUGAUCCCUACUAUGGAUUCGAUAUUAUGGACUUCAACCGACCAAGUGUGAAAAAGAAGUCUAAAGGAAAGGGCCGGUCCUUGGACAUUAGUCUAUCAGACAGUGAACUUGAGUCCGAGUUGAUAAAUGCCUGGCAAAACGACAGGGCAAAGAAAAAGGCUAGAAAGCAAAAACGCGAAGAGCUGCGCUCCCAGGGCCUAUUAGGCCGGGGCCGCCAAAACCCGUCCUUGAAAGACAAAUAUUCCAAUGGAAUAGGCACCGAGGACCUGAGAAGCGAAAUUCGACAUUUCCUCCUCUCACCAAGGAAUAGCUUGGCUUUGCCUCCCAUGUCGAAGCAACACCGCAAACUGGUCCACGAGCUGGCCAAUGUCUUGUCUAUGAAAUCGCAAUCUCGAGGCAAGGGGUCUUCGAGGUUUCCCAUCGUAAACAAGACCUCACGGACUCCUGCAUAUUCAUCCAAAACAAUAUCUCAAAUGGAACGUAUAUUAUCAAAUGGGCGUGGGCAACGCGGGCUCAAAUCCCGCGACUCGAAGCCGAGCAAGCCUAGCAAGUCGCGCCGCGGGCGAACCGACGCAACUGUUUCCUACAUGGAUGGUGAUGUCGUCGGAGGAUCGGCACCUGAAAUCGGUGCCGAGAAUAAGGGCAGGGCUAUGCUUGAGAAAAUGGGAUGGAGCAUUGGCACUCCUCUUGGUUCUAUGAAUAACAAAGGUAUUCUUCAACCUGUUGCACAUAUUGUGAAGAACUCGAGGGCUGGGUUAGGAUAA